AUUUAUAAUUUUAUUAAAUUAUAAAUUAAUUCAAACAUUUAAAUAAAAUAUUUCUAAAACAAAAAUAUAUAUAUUAUAUUAUUAAAAAAAAUACGUAUAUAAAGAAUAUGAUCUUUAUAUUCAUUAUAGAUAAAAAUAAAAUAUAAAAAAUAAAAAAAUAACAUCAAUGUAAUAUCCUCAUGUAUUUUAGAUAUAUAAUCUAUUUUUAACCAUACAAUAUAUAUAAUGUAUGAAUAAUAGAUAUAAAUAAUAUAAUAUUAUUUUCUUUAUGUAUAGCUAUCGGUCUUUCUUUUCGAGAUAUUUGCAAAAAAUAAUUUCCAUUACUACAUUGAAUUUUCUCGUAUGUGAAAGAUGCUUUAUUUAUUAUACGUAUGGUAGCCAGCUAAAAUGUGCAGCACAUUUGGUAUAUCAUUGUAAUUUCGAUUGUCCAAUUACAUUUUACAUUUUAUUUUAUUUUCAAAUCCAAUAGAAUAGAAGUUUCAAUAGUACCAUCAUUUUUACACAUGGCUUGAAAAUUAAGGCCAAUUAAGGCACAUACACACACAAAUAUAUUAUUGAGUUUUCUAAAAAUUAUUAAAACAUGAAAAUGUUUUUAACAAAAUUAAUAUUGUAAUUUAUCAAGAUAUUUAAUUACAUAUAUUUAUUUAUAAUUACAUUAUAAUUACAAUUAUUUAUAUGUAAAAUAAAUAUUCAACUCGUUCUUAAAAAUCAUUAUCAUUUAUAAAGUGGUCACACAUUACAGAUUCACUCAGUGUAGAAUUUUUUAACACCAUAACUCCUAAUAACAAUGUUCUGUUCGAUAAGUUCUAUUGUCAACUCAAACACAUGUUCCGAUUAUUCAUACAAUCGACUAACUUAUUUCGUAAAAAGCUCAUUUAUUAACAAAUUAUCAAAGAAACUUUAAAUGAUUAAAAUCGAGCAAAAAUAUCACUGAAUUCACUCUCGCGUCGGCCAUUCGCGAACUGUUCGUCAAGUCGUAAACCGUCUCCGAGCGUGUCGCAUCAUGGAGUAAGCUUGUUUGUGACGUCAUUAGAAGAUAAGAGCCUUCAUUAUCUUGGCCAGCGAGGGGGGCCGGCACGCGUAACGAUUCUCCUACGAUAUUUCCAGCUGGCUACUUGCGACCAGCUCGUCGCGACGCGUACAUCGAUGUGAACCGAUAUACUACACGAUUUAUCACGACCGAUUUGACACGUAUCCAUAACGAGAAUCAAUCUCGCGUCGGUCGAAGUCAACAUAGGUGUCGAUCGAAAAUAAUCGAUAUCGGUAAGAAGGUAUUGGAAAAUAUCGACCCAGUGUAUUUAAUUCGCAAGCAUUCGUCACAGAAAGUGAAUUAUCAAUGUGAAGCCGGGGAAGUGUAUAAAAUAUACAGAUCAUAGUUUGUACACGUGUUCCAGUUAUUUUCGUUAUCGUUACGAGGAAAGUUAUCAAAUCGUCCCAAUUUCAUCGACACCAGAUAUAAUAGAUACCGGCUUCGAUCUCAGCAUUGCGCUCUCUUUCCUUACGUUAAAAGUUAUCUCUUGCAAUUAACAAGAAAACGCCGGCGCCAUUAUUGUUGACUCGCGCGAUCAAUCAACGCGACGUUUGAACUUUAAACGUCCAAUAAAAUUUGAUACCCUCGUUGUUCGGACGUUGUGUUGCAUUAAUAAGUCUCUCGAUAAGCGCAAGGAAAACAUUGCCGCCAUUACUGUUGACUCAUGUAUAAUCAUCAGUCACUCGACUCGUGCAGAGAUCGUUGCUUCAGAGAUCUAGAUCUCGAAGAACGUUCCAUAACUAUGAAGUCUCACGAGAUUUGGGAGAGGAGCAUCGCCUUCAUCGAGCACGAAUUGCUUCCGGAGAUGGUGCACGAUCGCUACUUCUGCGAGCCGAGUUCCAGGGAAUUCGUCGAGUUCGACUCGGCCACGAUUCGUCUCGAUGAGCUGAGCCGGAGCAGCGAGAUUUAUCGCGUCACGGUUGUGGUCAAGUUCUCCGGCGAGCCACGUAGCUUCCCACUAGUUUUGAAAUUGCUUCCAGAGGAGGGGGCAGAGCACACGGGCCGAACGGCGUUCGACGCGUUCCAGAACGAGGAAAUGUUCUACUCGAAGAUGGCCCCUAAAUACGGCCCUGAUUUGGUUCCAAAGUGUUACCUGUCCGACCUCGGUCGUUACGGAAGGACCGUGAUCGUGUUGGAGGAUCUGGAGAAGGAUGAUUACAAGCAGGUUGACGGUGAAUUGGACGAGAAUCAUUUGAAAUUAUGCGUGCAAGUUUUGGCCAAGUUUCACGCGAGGGGGUUGAGGCUGAAGGCGACCGAGCCAGGGAUCUUCAGGGAGUUCGAGGCGAAACUUCUUGAAAUUUCCCUCACCGAGGAGGCUAUGCUCCAUUAUGAGAAGAGAUCGACUAGAAUGUUGGACAUCCUUGAAUCCUUAUCGAACUCAGCCUUUGCCGAGAAGAUGAAACGGAGAUUAAACAAGAAUCCAAUGGAAAUCGUGAAAGGUAUCGUGACGGAGGUGAACGACGUUUCCACAAUAUGUCACGGCCAUUUUUCGCACGAUAAUCUGCUGUUCAAAUAUCAGAACGGGAAACCUAUCGGCGCGAAGGUGAUCGACUGGCAAACAAUGAGAUAUUGUUCGCCGGCUGUCGAUCUUGGGCCCAUUCUGCUGUAUAACGUGACGCAUGAGGAUGGCUCGUCGAAGGUGCAGGAAAUUUUGACGCUGUACAUCGACACCGUCAAAUCUGAAUAUCCAGAAGUGGAUGGCCAACGACUCAGGGAAGACAUCGUGGACAAAUUUUUCUUCGCCGGCGUCGUUCUGUCAUUUCUAGAUCACAUUACUGACGAAGAACUCACUCGCGUUUUGCUACUCUUGGAACAAUUGGACGAUUUUAACUGAACUGUUUAAUUUAUUCCGAUUUCAAUCAGCGAUUUAUUAUAUAUUUUUUCUCUUUUUUCUUUUUUUAUUACCAGUUAAUGGAUUAUUUUUGCAGAAGAAAUAAAAUAUUUUAAAGAUA